UCUCCCAGAGUGCUUUGGGUGUCACCGCGCCCUGGCCGGGAGGUGGUGCCAUAGAAGGGGAAGUUGGUUUAAGGAAGAGUGCAGCUUGACGGAGAAGAUAAGGGGGGCUAACACUGGGUUGUAAACGGACUGCUGUUAAACUUAUUUUGGGUGGCUCUGGUAUUUUUGGAGAGGAGGGUCUUAAGCAAGCAUUUACUGGAACACACGGCUAUACCUGGCUGUAGGGUCCGAUCAGUUUAUGACCCGGCAGAUCUGGAGGUGCAAGGGUUUGAAGCUGCACCGGAGCGAGCAAGAGGUGGUCAUUCCCAUUGACAGGAGGAAUGUUAAUGACUGGAGAUGGACAGAAGAUAAAGCAGCUUCGGGAUCUGCAAGGAAACAUGAGCAGCUGAGAAGAAGCCGACCAUUUAAAGACAAAGCACCCACGCCCCCGUAACACGGCACUGUCUGGAGAUGCUGCGUCGCUGCCUGAGCCGCUGGUGUGGCACAGAUGAGAAGAGAGUGGAUAAUAGGACAAUCCACAUUGGGCACCCACCUGCUUUGGGGACAGAAGCCUUGCUUCCAUCUAAGUUUUGUGAUAACAGAAUUAUCUCCUCUAAGUAUACAAUCUGGAACUUCCUCCCCAAAAACCUUUUUGAACAAUUCAGAAGAAUUGCCAAUUUCUAUUUUCUCAUCAUCUUUUUGGUUCAGGUAAUAGUAGACACACCUACCAGUCCUGUUACCAGUGGUUUGCCCCUGUUCUUUGUAAUCACAGUCACAGCCAUUAAACAGGGCUAUGAAGAUUGGCUCAGACAUAAAGCUGAUAAUGAGGUGAACAAGUACCCUGUCACUGUACUUGAAAAUGGCAAGAGAAAUCGCAAAGAAAGCAAGAAUAUCAAGGUUGGGGACAUUGUGGAAGUCACAGAAGAUGAGACAUUCCCUUGUGAUCUUAUUCUCCUGGAGUCAAGUCGAGAUGAUUGUACUUGCUUUGUUACUACUGCCAGUCUGGAUGGAGAGUCCAACCACAAGACUCACUUUACUGUAUGUGACCGCUGGGAAAAGGAAAUAAGUUUCCUCAGUGCUACCAUCGAGUGUGAACAGCCACAACCAGACCUCUACAAGUUUGUUGGCAGAAUACACAUUUACAAAGAAGGCCAGGAUUCCACAGUGAGAUCACUGGGUCCUGAAAAUCUCCUGCUUAAAGGUGCAACUUUAAAAAACACCAAGAAGAUCUGUGGUGCUGCAGUUUACACUGGAAUGGAAACAAAAAUGGCUUUAAAUUAUCAGGGAAAGUCUCAGAAACGUUCAGCAGUUGAGAAAUCCAUCAAUGCCUUUCUCAUUGUGUAUCUUUGCCUUCUUCUCAGCAAGGCUCUUGUUUGCACCACACUGAAAUAUAUAUGGCAGAACAAAUAUGGAGAUGAUGAGCUAUGGUAUAAUCAGAAAACGCAGAAAGAGAAGAAUACCUAUAUGUUCCUGAGGAUAUUUACAGAUUUUCUGUCAUUCAUGGUCUUAUUUAAUUUCAUCAUUCCUGUGUCAAUGUAUGUGACUGUCGAGAUGCAGAAGUUCCUUGGUUCCUUUUUUAUCACUUGGGACAGAGAUUUCUUUGAUCCUGAAAUUCAAGAGGGUGCUCUGGUUAACACGUCUGAUCUUAAUGAAGAACUGGGACAGGUAGAAUACAUAUUUACAGACAAGACAGGAACUCUGACCCAAAACAACAUGGAGUUUAUCGAAUGCUGUAUUGAUGGUUUUCGCUAUAACUAUCGUGAAUCUAGCACUGAGUUAGAUGGCUUCUGCACAACAGAUGAGCCCAUCAGCAAGCUUCAUGAGAAAGCUGGUCGGGAAAAGGAAGAACUUUUUUUGCGGGCAUUGUGCUUGUGCCACACAGUUCAAAUAAAAGAAGCUAGCGAAAGUAACCAGGUGGAUGGGGUUGAUGGGCUUACUGAUGUCACCUCAGAUGACCAAUGCAGUUAUAUUGCUUCUUCUCCUGAUGAGGUGGCUCUUGUCAAAGGUGCCACUAAAUAUGGGUUCCGAUUCUUAGGCCUUGAAAAUAACUGCAUGAAGGUUGAGAACAGAAGCAGAGAUGUAGAGAAGUAUGAGCUCCUCCAUGUGCUGAACUUUGACCCUGUUCGUCGAAGGAUGAGUGUUAUUGUGAAAACUAAGACGGGUGAAAUUCUUUUGUUCUGCAAGGGUGCUGAUUCUUCUAUGUUUCCAAGAGUACAAGAAGAAGAAGUGGAGAGAAUCAGAAUGCACGUUGAACGCAAUGCAUUGGAGGGAUACCGUACACUGUGUGUGGCAUACAAAUCACUAACUCCAGAAGAAUUUGAAGUGGUUAAUGGAUUUUUGCAGGAGGCUAAGCUUGCUCUACAGGACCGUGAGGAAAAGCUCGCAAAAGUCUAUAAUGAUGUGGAAGCUGGAAUGCACCUCAUAGGUGCCACUGCUGUAGAGGACAGGCUGCAGGAAGAGGCUGCAGAGACAAUGGAGGCCCUUCACAGGGCAGGAAUGAAAGUAUGGGUGCUCACUGGUGACAAAAUGGAAACAGCUAAGUCCACAUGUUAUGCCUGCAGACUGUUUCAGAAAAGCACGGAGCUUUUGGAGCUAACAGUGCGUUCAUUGGGGGAGGACAGUGGAAAACGAGAGGAAAAGCUACAUGAGUUGCUCUUAGACUACCACAAGAAGGCAGUUCAGGACCGACCCAAGAGCAAGGGUGGUAUAUGCAGGAGCUGGUCCUCUAGUAUCCCAGAGUUUGGUUUAAUCAUAGAUGGCGCAACACUAUCUCUCAUUUUGAAUGCAACCCUUGAUACCAAUGCAAACCGCUAUAAAAGUCUCUUCCUACAGAUCUGUCAAAACUGCACGGCGGUGUUGUGCUGCCGAAUGGCUCCACUACAGAAGGCUCAGAUUGUAAAAAUGGUGAAGAACUCAAAAGGUGGCCCAAUCACAUUGUCAAUAGGAGAUGGCGCUAAUGAUGUCAGUAUGAUCCUGGAGGCACACGUUGGCAUUGGAAUAAAAGGUAAAGAAGGGCGUCAGGCAGUUCGAAACAGUGAUUAUGCUAUUCCAAAGCUAAAACACCUCAAGAAACUGCUCCUGGCUCAUGGUCAUCUCUAUUAUGUUCGAAUUGCUCAUCUGGUGCAGUAUUUCUUCUAUAAGAACCUGUGUUUCAUUUUACCUCAGUUUCUAUACCAGUUCUUCUGUGGAUUCUCUCAGCAGCCCCUGUAUGACGCUGCAUACCUGACAAUGUAUAAUAUCUGCUUCACCUCCAUGCCCAUCCUGGCUUACAGUUUGUUGGAGCAACACAUCUGCAUUGACAGUCUACUGGAAAAUGCUUCUUUGUAUAGGAAAAUUAGAAAAAAUGCCAUGCUGCGCUGGGGUCCAUUCCUAUUUUGGACAUUGUUGGGGCUCUUUCAAGGACUUGUGUUCUUUUUUGGGACUUAUCAGCUCUUCCAGAAUCCUGCUCUCGAAGACAAUGGCCAGGUGUUUGGAAACUGGACUUUUGGAACAAUAGUUUUCACUGUUCUUGUGUUUACAGUUACACUAAAGUUAGCCUUGGACACACGACACUGGACCUGGAUCAAUCACUUUGUGAUCUGGGGGUCUUUGGCUUUCUAUGUCUUCUUCUCUUUCUUCUGGGGAGGAAUCAUUUGGCCUUCAUUGAAGCAGCAGCGUCUCUAUUUUGUCUUUGCUAACAUGCUGAGUUCUGUGUCUGCCUGGCUGAUUAUCAUUCUCCUCAUUGUGGUCAGUCUGCUUCCAGACAUUGUGAUUGGGGUCAUUCGGCAGCCACAGGGUCCUGAUCGCCACCAUAAGAAUCCUGCUCAUCUGCGGGGAAGGGAUCCCCAGUCAUCCCGAUCUCCAGACAGACCCCUGCUCUUGAGAACAUUUUCAGAUGAGUCCAAUACUGUGGUUUAAACAGAUCUGCAGUGUUUCAGUGCUGUCCUACAAGAGCCUCAAAGACCAGGGCUGAAUGCCCACAUCUGCAAGUCAUCAUCCAAGCACAGUUCAUGGGUACUGUGACCCCAGCAGUAGCAACAUGAUACGUCAGUACUGAAGCAAUGCAACAUUCUCAGCGAUACUCCACUUCAACAGCAGUGGGCCGUCACUGAACAGAUCGUGAUAGCUGCUUUAAUGAGAGGAGCAGUAAUACGACCAGUAAAUUUUGUUCCAACUGUUACUUUUCUGCUCCUGUUUCUGCCUUACUGGCAAUGUCAGCAACUGACCACUAUUUUUUUUUCCCAAUGGUUGCCUGUAGGUAUAGCUGUGAAAACACUGUGUAGUCACUGUUUAUUCUUUUUUUUUUUUAACAAAUCCUGAAAAACUCACUGACUGCUUUUUUGAAGUUGGAGGUUUCGGUAUCUUUGUUACAAAAUGACAGACAAUUGUUUUCUCUAACUGUCUGUUGUAUGGCUGUUGUUACAUGCUCUGCUAAGACUUACGCCCAGGAUCUGCAUGGCUGGAAACCCAGCAGAUUUAAUGUUCUGCUUUAGCCUCAAGCAGGGUGGGUAAGAAGACAUUUUUGUAUGAAUCUUUUUACUGAUUUGAAAGUGUGGCAAAGUACAAAAGAAAAAAGUGCCCCAAUGCUGUAAAUAAUUUAAGGUUCUUUAAUUUGUAAGUUAUAUUUUAAAGUUUGGUGUCAAAGAUGUAAAGAAGAAAUCCCUUGUAGAUGCCCAGUACUUCCACAGCAACUUAUAUCUUUGUCCUCUAAAACGAAGUUUAAAUUGCAUUCUCCGUUUCCCGAAACCUCUCUGUCCGUGUGACCUCUGUGCCAUAUGGCCGUAAAUGAGCUGCACAGAUCUGAUUAGUGAAUUUGCCAGUCGUUUCUAUUGAUCAGCAUUGUUUCAUGGAGCAUAACUUCAGUCUAAUGGUUGGUUUAAUUGUGUUACUAUCUGACAGAAGCUGUGCAGCACUUAUCUUUACAUACAGGUCAAGUUUUUCUUCACUGGUGAGUAGAUUUGCAGUGUUUGCUAAUGACUAGGCAGAGAACGCUUGUUUUACUCCUUAACUUUUGUGUUAACAUGUCAAAGAGGCAUUCACUGAUGUUUUUACAUUUCUCACCCUUUGUUUAAAGUGACUGAAUCUUUGCCCAUCUAGCUUUAAUUUCAAUAGCAUAAGCACUGCAGGCAUUUUAGCAAAUUGUGCCGUAAAUAUGUGCACUGUAUUCACAAGAGAAAGUUUUCCUAUAACAAAAUGUAGUUAGAUAAAUAUUGGAUUUAUAUUUCUCAAUAUCAUUCCUGUCAGUGUUGCUUUUAACCUAUCCUCAUUUCUUAGGAUGAUUUUUUAUCAUUUUAUUAGUUACCUUUUAUAAAUGCCUAUGAGUACAGAAGCUCUGUUUUUAAAUGCGGAUUUCUUUUUUUUCUCUUUGCUUCUGUUCACAUAACAUGUGCGUCCAUUUUUGUAGAUGCUGUCUUUUUUGUCCUUGUAUUCUUUUUUCUCCUACUGUAAAUGAGAAGUUUCACGUCAGAUAGUUGGUCUCACCCACAUUUUCAGGUACUGUUUCCUAAGUGCCGGCAUUGUGCUGCACAAUACAAGAAGGGAUUAAUAUCUUUCAAAGACAAGCUUAGUAUUUUCUGCCCUAUUGUGAGAUGAAAAAUGAACUUUUUGGAUCACAUUUACAGAAUGAAAUGGUGUGUAGGGGGAGGGCAGGAAAGGUGAGGCAUACUUCAAACAAUAAAUGUGAAAGGAGAAAUGACAUGCACUUCACAUCACUUGAUCAUUGACUAGAUCGCUUUCUUAAAUCAUUCUUGCCAAAGCCCUUAUGUGCAGCACCUAGGGACAGAAGCGCCAUAAAAGUGCCUCCUAACUCCAGCGAUUAUGUACCGUAGUGUCUUGGUGUACUAUUGUAAAGACAGACUGUGUAUUGUAAUAGUGUGCAUUUAACUCUCGUGAAUUAUAAAGUCUCCGGAUAAGCAAAAGAGAACUGCCGUGGCUCCCAUUCAGAGAACAUUGUAUUCAGUAUAUGGAUGCAGAUGUGAUGUCAAUUAUGCAAUAUAAGCAAUACGAAAUUAUCUGUCUUGUACCAAACACAGAGUCAUUAUGAAUUUACAGUACAUACAUUACUUUUGUGCAUACGUAAGAUAUAGUACUUCAACCGACAGAGAACCAUUUAAAUUAGGCAGUAAAUGAAUAGUAGCAGUCUGCGUGCUAACAUCCGCGCUUGCGGUGAUGUAGUUGGGAGUGCUGCUUAAGAACGACCACGUCUGUAAAGUGAAGCUCAAGGCCUUCCUCAUUUUUAUACAUGUGGUAACUGGUCCAUUGUACAGUAAAUGACCGUCCUUCUUCACGUCUGAUUCCUCAUGAUGCAUUGCGUUUUAAUUUUAGCUGUUGUCAGUUUACAUUUGUACCAAAGAAAAGAAGCAAACAAGCAGCCUUUCCCUUUUAAGACUUAAGAAUUUCACUUGACUGUGACUCUUAAAACUACUGAAGCCAAUGGAUCAUCUGCCAUCAAGUCCAUUGGAAUCACGGUAAGGACUGGCUCUUCGUAGAAUGAUCCUUUUAACCUGUACUGUCAAAGAUGACAUUGGGGCCAAGUCCAUUAUCUAGUCCUCCUGUGUACUGUAGACAGAGAUCAACCCUGUAGAAAGUGGGUCUGAAGUACACUGAAAAAUACAAAUAAGACAUCCUCCAAACGAUCAGACAUCAUCAUUUUUCAUCCUAGCAGACUUCUGAAGUGUACAUCAUUCAACUUUUCUGCUUCCAGAUUAAGUGCGGCCGUAACCUGAAGUGAACGCAUUUCUUAUUUCUCAGUGCUUUACACUUCAUUAAAUGUAUUGAGUUUAUGUGCAUUAAAGUGUCUGUUAUGAUAAAAAUUGAUGACCAUAGCCUUCUCCUUCAAUGGAAAAUUGAUUUUGUUGAAGACCUGCACAUUUUUUAAUUGUCAUUUUGAAUAAAUCGAUUAAUGCUGAAUGAAUGCCUUUCCUACACCAGUGAUUACACGGACUGGUUGAUGGAACUAUCAUGCUACCAUGGCUAAUUAAUCAGUCUGUGCAGGGCUUUAUGAGCUUUUUGUUUUUUUAUUUAUUUAUUUAUUUUGAAAGAACACCAACAAAGUCAUCUUGCUGCCUUUUUCUUUGUUAUUUGUGUAGUUUGCCUGCCACACUGGUUACUGCAGGAGCUACCAUCUUAAAGCAAGCACAAGCCACAGUUCUCAUACCCAUCAGCCUGCAUGUCCAUAGAGCUGAGAAAGAAUAAAAUGAUUUGUUGAGGGCAGUCGGGAAAACUGGGCUAUUUCUUUAGAAAAUGCAUGAGCACUGGAGAUGAAAAUAUGAGAACUGCAUGUGCUACAGAUUAGUUAUUAUGAUGUAAUUGUCACUGGUAGAUUGUUUGAAAGGGGGGUCCAAACCUGUGCUCAACUUUAAAAACUUGGAUUUUUUUUUCAUAAUGUAUAAAAUUUUGUUACAUUUUAUAAGCAUUCAUCAAUUUUUUAAUUAAUGUGUAUUUUAGGUAUGUUCUUGGUGCCUGCACAAUCAAGUCUGUCCUAUGGGUUAUUGAAAUGCAUUCCAGUUCAUGAUCAUGUGUAAUUCCUAAACUUGUACUAUUUAUUGAAUGUGUGAUUCAUCUUUAAUUUUAGAAAGGUGGUCAUAGUGUGUGUAUAGAUGUGUUUAUAUUACUUCCCAGCUUCAGUGUGAGAACAUUGAGCCAUACUCCCUCUGCUUCUUUAAAGAAUUGUCUUUUUUUAUUCCUGUGAGAUUCAAUAUUUUAAAGUUGUCAUGCUGGGUGUGCUUCUAAAUCUGGGUGUCAAGAUGAACACGUACUCACCCAGGUUUUUUGUUUUGGACUAUUGUGUAUUAUGUGGAAUUAAUCUACCUAUCCAUCCAUCAAUCAGUCCAGACUGUCCAUUUUCUGAAUCUUUUUAUUCCAGUACAGGGUCAUGGCAUGUCCUACCCUAUUGUAGGUGGUAAAUGGAAUGGUGAUAAAUAUUCAUUAUGUGCUAACAAGUCCAACUGGUACUGUAGAUAAAUGUACUUGGGGGGGAUCAAGAAGCUGUACUUCAGGCAAGACAACAGUUCUUAGGUGAAACAGAGAAGAAGGAGGUGGGCUGCCUGUUAUUUUAAAAAAGCCACUGAUGAAACUGGCAAGGGACAAAUGCAUUCUGUGGAGUAGCAAUAAAGUAAAAUAACCUUAAAAAGAUCUUCAAAGAAUUGUACAUUAGAGUGCAUCUUAAUAUAUAAAUAUAUACGUAUUUAAAAUUCUGAAUUGAGUAAAAGUUUAAAAAAAGAAUUCUAUUCCGGGAACUAAAUUGACUUUGUCUGCUGCAGAGCUCAAUAACCUGUCAUUUCCAAGAUUUUUGUUAUGUUCAGCAGACUUCAACACUUCUGGGGAAAAACAGAAAACAGGCUGCAUAAUUCUUUAUCAGUUUGGUGUCCUGCUUGUAAGGAUAUCCAAUCCAGUCUCCUGUUUUCCUCUGGAAGUAAAAAGAAAAUGAACUGUGCUGUGAAUGUGACAAUGCCUACUGUUUACAUUGCUCAAGCCGAGCAGCUCUCGUUCACGGGUGCGCUGAGCACUCGCGCUGCAGACCACUGUAAUGCUUCAUGAGGUGCCUGUUUAUUAAGGUUUUGCAUAAGCUUGUCAAGGAGUUUGCUAAAGUGGAUGUCUUUUAUGUUGAAAAUGAAUGUAUCUCCAAAAAAAAAAUUUGUAGAUUUUAAGAAAAAUCAAUGAAAAUUAAAAAAAAA